AUGAUUUAAUUUUAUGGAGGCAGCUCUAUUGAAAUACCUCCUGCAAAAUAAUUGUGUCCCAUAAAUAUGAAUCUUUUUAAAAAACAAAAAGAACCUUAAAAAUACAUAGAAAAAUGUUUUUUAGAGGCUAAAAAGACUGCUUAAUAUGAUUUUGGUGUUGAUUAGAUGACAGUUAAAGCUCUUUAUGAAAUUCUAAGGAUUAUGGGAUUUUUUCCAAAUGAAUUUCAACUUCACGAGGGAUUUGAGUAUGGAUGCUUUUAAAGCAAAUACUCCAAAUAUCUAAAGAAUUUUACAAAAUCUGGUAUUGCAGAGAUAUAAUCUGAUGUAAAAUAGUAAAAGUUAAAAUCUGAUGUUGCUAUGAUUGCAAAAGAUUCAAAAGAUGGUAAUGCAGCUAGAUUUGAUUUAGCAAGCUAUUGUGAAUGGCUAAUAAAUAAUAUGAGAUAACUUAAAUAUGAUCCUUAUUUUUUAAGCUAAAAUAAUUCUAAUAACAAUAACAGUAAAAGAAGUUUAAUAGGAAAUUAUUCACUAAACGAAGAUAGUGGAUAUAAUAUUAGAGAUAAAAGCUUUGAUUUUGGCUCAAAUAAUAAAAAUUUACAGUAAUAAAGAAGUAAAAGGGCUGUAUCUACAUCAAAUGCAAAUUAUAUAUAGAACAAUUAAAUAUCUAAAGCUCAACAGCUUUUUGAAGAUAAUAAAGCUAAAUAGUAAAAAUAAAUGCAAGACCAAGUAAACAAUUUAGUUAACAUAUUUGAGAAAAUAGAUUCCCUUCGUAAAGAUAAAGGUCUAAUGCCUCUGGAUUUAAGUGAUUCUUCAUCAGAUGAGGACGAUUUUAACAUGACAGAAGAAGAAAAAGCAUAUAAAAAUAAAAUGAAAAAGAAAUAACUUAUAAGAAACAUUCCAUAUGAUCCAGAUAUGCAUGAACUAAAUUAAGAAAUUAGCCAUUUGAGAAAUGAAGCUCAAAAUGAAAUAAAGAGUUUUAUUGAGAAAUGCAAGCACAAUCCAUCUAUGCGUUUUAGACUAGAAAAGUCAAUAAAUAAAUUUUAGAAAGACAGAAUAGAAGCAAACGAAAGAAUAGGAAAGAUAGGAGCAGUCAAUGCAUAAAAAAGAAUUACUACAACUAAAAAGAAUUAAACAUAAAAAGAGCUUUCAGAUGAAGAAUUUAUUUAAAAAUAUGAAACGAAUUUGAUAAGAAAUUUGAGAAUAGAGUAUCUAAUGGAAAAGACAGAUAAGCCCAAAAUGAAUUUUUAACAACAAAUAAAACCUGGAAGUGUUUUAGAGAAAAGAUUAAAUAAGUUAAUAAGAGAAAAAGGAAAUUACUAUUGA